AUGCUGGCUGGGGGCGACGCCGCGAACGGGAGCGGCGAGCCGAUCCUGGUGCUUCUUAAUCCCCAGACAGGCCAGACAGCGGCCCCCGCGCCCUCGUUUCCGGCGGCGGCUCGGGGGCCAGCCCCGUACCCUGUCUUCCCGCCGGCCUUCACUUCGCCCGCCGCGCGCCUCUCGCCGACGCGCAGCAGGCGCGUCUCCAAGGCCGCCUUCGUCCCUUCGUCGUCGCCGCUUCGCGCGUCUGCGGCGCCGCCGUCGGCCCCAGAGGCGUUUGCGGCGCCCCCGUGGAGGCGCGCGCGAGAGGCGCCUGCAGCGAAGCAGGGACAAGAUGUGUGGAUUUUCUAUCACCAGCCGCGGCGGCACGUCGCGGAGGCCGAGGCGUCGCUCCUCCCUGCGUCCUCUCUCGCGCACUCGCCGCCGUCGCUGUCUGGCGCGGCGUACAGCUUUCCUCUGACAGAGCGCGCCUGCGCCGCCGAGAGGUCGCGGGGAGAGGAUGAGAGCCCGUCGUGCCGCACACUAGUGGCUUCGGGGUCGCGGGCGCCCUCUGCGUGUUCCGGCCUGCCUGUCUCCGCGCCCUCGUCGCCUCCCUCCGCCUUCUCCUCGCCCUGCCUGGCUGCCCCUCGUGCGUCGCUGGCCUCCUCGCGCCCCUCGCCGUCCCUCGCGCCCGCAUCCGCCGCCGCGGCGCCUCCGCCGACGGCGCGCCAGCUCCUCUUUGCGCACCAGUGGCGGCUGAACCUCGCGGUGCUUGUAGAGGCCUUCAACGUCUCGCCUCUCUUUUCACCGGGAUCUGACGAGGCGCCGAGCGAGCGGCUGCCCGAGGAGGCCCCCGCGCGGGCGCCGAGGACGCCCCGGGGCGGCUCGUCGCCUCGCGGGGCUUCUCCUUCUGCGGGAUGCAGAGACCGGGCGUCCGCGUCAGAAGGGACUCCUUUCGCGGGCGGACGAGAGGAGAAGAAGCCGCGCGGAGACGGGGGAGCUGGGGGGGAGGCUAGGACCGCGGGCGUCGUGGAGGGAGCUGGCCGGCCUGGAGAGGAUGCGAACUGGGACGAUGCGUUUGCCGAGCGACGUAUGAAGAAGGCGAGGAAGCGUGUCGCUGUAAAGUACGCGUUUCUGUUGAGAGAUAAAACCGAGGAGCCGGAGGAACGCCAGGAGGCAGCCCGCAAAGAGGGCGCGGACGCCGAGACCCUGCGAGGCAGGGAAAUAACUUUCGUUCUUAUGGAGGACGUCGAAGAAGAGCGGGCGCGACGGGCACGAGAGAGAAAGCAAACAGAAGAACUGCGUCUGAGACUCGAUGCAUGGAAUUGGGAAGCGCGCGCACAGGAGCACCGAGACGCGCUGCAGAGGGUGCAGGCUGAGCUCGAUGAGUCGCUUCAUCAGCAGCAGAUUGCCCUGGCGGAGACGCAAGGGUGUACGUACCGACUGCCAAAGCUGUUGUGGCGUGCGCUCGCCGAAGCAAAGGAGUACGAGCGACUUUUCCAGUCGUUCUCUCUCGAAGAGGCCAACAAGCUAUACGGGCGACGAGACGUCUUCGCAGACUGGCAAAUUGAGAAUCAGCGCCUCCGACGCGCGUUCAUGGCGCAGCUGCAGCAUCAGCAGAACCUCAUCCUGAAGCGCGUUCGCGCGAGCCCACCGGCACCCUCCCUUGCCUCGCAGGACGAGAAGAGGGAGCAUGCUGCGGCGGUGCCUCCGCUCUCUCGCCGAGGGCAGUUGUCGCCGGCGAAACGCCAGCGCGAAAUUGCAGACCCCAGCGAGAAGGAGAACGCAAACAGCUCAGUGUCGCCUUCGUUUGCGGCCCCGACAACGAGCCCCGGCCGGGGGAGAGGGCGAUCGGGCGAGGAUCCGGAGGGGGCAAAGCAUCCAGAAGACGCGGCUCUUCAGGAUCAGCUCCAAACCUACAGACACCGCGAGCUACGCCUCCGCCGUCGUCACGCGCGCCUGAAGCGCGGACUGCACGAGGCGCUUCGCGCCCUGCAGUCUCUCUCGACUUCGCAUUCUCAGGCCUCGUCUUCAUCCGGCGGGCGGCGCGGGGCCCCCGCGGGAGGCGGCCGAGGCUCUGACGUCCGGCCGGCGCGGCAGAGUGGGGCGGGCGAAGACGAGAGAAAGAAAACUGAGCGUCUUCUUCUCGAGCUUCUGGGGGACUCCGAGGACUCAGGCUCCAGCUCCGCAGCGGAUCCCGCGCGGACUGACAGCGAUUCUCAGCCGCCGCUUGCAUCAUCUUUCACGUCUUCGUCGGCUUCCGCGUUUUCUGCCUCAGUUGCUUUCUCUCCGCCGCGAGAGCUUGUCCCCAGCACUGCGCGCAGGCCUUCGGGAGCGAGGCGCCCGGAGACAGCUGCUGGAGGUCGCCAGCGGUCACCGCUUGGAGGCGAAGAAAUUCCGAAACAGGGUCUGGAUGGAAACGAACCAGAUGCCGGAAUUCGCGAAGGGAACGAAGACGCGGCAGCGGUGACGCGCCGCCGAAGCGGCCUGAGAGCAGACGCGGGCAGCAAAGAAGACAACCAAGGAGAGGAGGAGCGCAGCAGGCUGCGUGACUCGGCGGCCGGUAGGUCGCCCCGGGUCUUGUCUCCCUCGUCUCCGUCGAGGACGGGGGGGUGGGACAGAGAGGAGAGCGACUCCGGCAGCGCAGAGAAGCCGACGAGAAGAAAGACUGAGCUCGCGCCUGAGCCCGCGGAUGCACAGCGAAAAGGAAGGCCAGACACGCGUAAUGAGCGUGGAGGGAACGGGGCGCGAUUCAAAGAGAGCUCGCCCUGCGCCUCAAGCCAGGAAGCGCGCGGCGGAUCCCCUGCGUCGGAUAACAACUCGCGUCCACCGUCCGCCACCCUUUCUCCCUCGCAGAAGAGAGAAAGAGACGCGGAAGAAGAGCGUCGAUGCAAGCGGCGGCGAGAGGCAGAAGGCGCGGACGAGCGUGGGGAAGUCGACGGUUCGGGCGGACAUACCUCUCGGCGCAUGUCUCUGCAUGCGGAAGACCGAAACGCCGAAGCGGCUGGAGUCUGCGACGAAGCGAGGCUGUCACCGCGGGCGGCACAAGAUGCGUUUGCUGACGAAUGCGAAGGAUAUCGGGAUAUAAGGCGAUGCACCGGAUUGGAGGCCGGAGCCGCCGUCGCGCGCGAGAUCUCAGAGAGGGGCUCCGAGGACGGCAGAAAAGACGAAAGCUCAGAGAAGCAGGACGAAGACGGGACUUUGAUGCUGAUGAUGAUGGGAGAAGACGACCAUCGGCGGCACCGCAUCGACAGCUCCAGCAGCUCUUGCCCCGGCGCCAGCAGCGCGAACGCGUCGCGCUCCUGGACUAGGCUUUCGCCGCCGCCCUCCUUCCCAUCGGCGUCCUUUUCCUCCUCCCCCGGGGGGCUCGGCGAGACGUCGCGGCUGAGAGCCGCGCCACUGGCGCUCGCGAGCAGCUCUGCGCGAGGGCUGUCCUCCUUUCCGCAUCUGCCGCUGGCAUCCUUCUCGGCCUCAGGGCCUCUCGCCCGCGGGGCUUGCAGUGCGGCGUCUCCGCCGGAGCCACUCGAAGCGGGCGAAGCGCCGUCCCACGACGGGGCGGGGACCGACAGCGCGCGCGGCGAGGAAGCAAUGGAGGGAGACGCGCGCGACGCGAGCCGCGAUGCAGAGGACGGCAGUCGCGAAUGGACCGCGGCGGAAGCUGGGCGGGCAGAGUCGCUUUCGGCAAGACGCGAAGGCGAGGUAACGGGCGACGGAGACGCGGGGCGCGAGAGCGGCGGAGCGUCUUGCGGCAGCCCGCCGCGAGGGCUGGAACUGAGCGAAGAGGCAGGCAACGACGGGCAGGUGUCAAAUGCAGCGAUGGAGACAGGACGCGCGGACGCCUUCAGCGAGGCGGAUAGCGACACGCGCCGGGCGGGCGAGUUCCCGCACGGCGCAGACGCGGGGAGGCGCCGACGUACCGGCGCACACGACAGGUUGGAUACCGGCGCUCUCGAGACUUCCAACUCCGCAGGCGCAGCAGGGCUUCCCGGGGCGUCGUCUGCGUCGCCCUCGCUGUCCCUCCGCCGGCCGUCGGAUCCUGGGGCGCUCAGCGAAGGCCAGCCGCGGGAGGAGGAGGAGCGGAGCCACUCCGCGCCGACGGCCGGCGACGAGUCCUCAGCGACCCGCCACCGGGACUACCUCGAGGACAUCGUGCAGGUCGACCAAUUCGGAAAAUACGCAAAUAUUCUCAACAACUGGGAGACAGUCAUGCACACCCCUCUGCCUGAACAGCUCCUCUGGCUCGAUGAAACCAAACCCGACCGGACAAUUCGCCCACCAAGCCAGGACUCCUACAGAGACGGCACGCUCUUCAUCGAGUGCCUCCACGUCGAGUCAAACUUCUUCCGCUUGCUGCGCCGAUGCUUCGCGGCCUGUGGUGGAGGCCGCGGACGGCGGCCGCUGCCUGCGGAGCGUCUCCGUGCGUUUCGCGCUCAGAUUCUCGAGGAGAAUGCGGAGCUGUACAGUAUGAAGAAGCAGCUGGACGCGAGUCGUUAUCGCUUGAUGAAGCAGACAAAGCUGUUCCUGGCUCAGGCCAACUCGCAGUUCAGCAACUUCCAUCAACUAAAGAGAGGCUACAGGCUUUUGAACCUCCUCGGCAAGGGCGGCUUUGCUGAAGUCUGGGAGGUGUUUGAUCCUCUCACCUGCGACGUCCUCGCCGCCAAGCUCCACGUGCUGUCGUCUGUCGAGAAAGAGAGCGCGCGAUGGCAUAUCGUCAAGCGCGUUCAGAACGAGAUUGAGAUCCACAAGGACAUCCUGCCGCAUCCGCAUAUCGUGGAAAUGAAGGCAUGCUUCGAGAUGGGCAACGACGUGCUGGCUAGCAUCCUGGAGCUCUGCGAAGGGGGCGACGUCGACCAUUUCCUGAAGCUCUCCGGAACGCUUCCCGAGGCGCACGCGGCGGAGUGGACGCGGCAGAUUCUCGAAGCUCUUCUGUACCUGAAGCGGCAACCUGUCGGCGUGAUUCAUCACCUCGACAUAAAGCCUGGUAACGUGCUGCUGCAGCGCGGGCAGUGCAAGCUCGCGGACUUUGGCCUCUCACGCGUGGCGCCGCGGGCCGCGCGGGAGGAAGGCGCUGACAGCGGCGAAGAGAGCGCAGAGGAGGGUUCUGAAGCAGAGGGUGCCGAGGAUGAGGCGGGACUCGCGCGCGGCAACUUGCAAAAGGGACGACGACGCGGAGAGAAGCGUGCACAGCCGCAGGUGUUCUGGGAGGGAGGCGGCACGCUGUGGUACCAGCCUCCGGAGUGUCUCAUUCAUCAGCGCCAGCGCCAAAUGCGGAGAACAUGUCAGGCGGGAGACGAGGUGCGGAGCCCUCCGCCGCCCGCUGCGGGGCUGUCGCCUGCGCCGCCGAAGCGCAAGAGCCUUCCAGAGGGGACCUCGCCCUCGGCCUCGCCGUCGCCCUCUGCGUCGGGCUCGAGUUCGCCGUACGCGGCCGCACAGAGCCGCGCGACUCGAAACGUCGCCGCCCGACUAGCAGUCGCCGAGCGCCGAGGAGAAGAGAGAGCUCGGCUCCUCGCGCUCGCCGACAAAGACCUAGAGGCCUUCUUCCGCGCACUCCCGCUCGUCCGCUACGUCCCUCUCGAUGACAAGAUUGAUAUCUGGGCCGUCGGCUGCAUUCUUUACGAGAUGCUCUUCAACAAGCGGCCGUUUGGGCCUUCACCUGCGCAGACCUCGUCAGAUCCCACGCUAGCUCUCAUUCGAGAUGCCCUGCGCGGCCCUCAGUUUCCUGAGCGGCAAAGCGAGCGCAGCGCUUCGCAGAAGCGAAAAAGUGAGGCGUUCUCGCAAGUCAAAGGCGAUACGUUUUCCUUCGAGGCGCACAACGGAGAGCAGAGCAAGGAGCCGUCCGACCUGUGUAUUAAUUUGCUCGAGCGGCUUCUCGCGUACGACGCGUCUCAGCGGCCAACAGUAGAAGAGGCUCUGGCGCAUCCCUUUUUUGCGAAUCAGAUGGAAAUUCGCUCAAGCACAGAGAGUUCUGCGAACGGCCCGGAAGCCGGGGCCUGCGCGAGGAGCUUCGAGGAGCUCGAGCUGCGCAGGCGUGCCUUCCAGAGGCAGCAAUUCGCCCGCGCGCCCGGGAAUAGCGACGCGGAGGCCGCGGGCGACGCAGAAGAGGAAGAAAGAUAUCUUACAGAGGGACUCGCCGAGCGCGCGAAUCUCUGA